UUGAUGGAAUAGCACUAUAUUACUUUUAUCGCUACUUGCCAUCACUUCACUUGAUUUUUUAUGACCUUCAAAGUGCGAAUUGAUCACGCAGAACUGUAAUCCACAUAAAAUGCAUGUUUAAUCCCUACUAUAUGUAUAUCGGAGUAAAGCUGCAUAUUUUAUGUUGGUCAGCUGCUCGCAACUGUUGGAGCACCAUUUCCGCAUAUCAUCUAUUGCGCACUUGUUGGAAUAUCAAAUUGUCAUCGAUUUUAUUUAUUAAUACUAUCAUGCCAGAGUUUUGUUGGAUGAUUCUGUUUUGAAUUUUAACUUAAUGCGGCAAAAGUAUAUCAUUCUGACCUAAGUAGUAAUAAUUUAUAAUGCUAUUAAUGUAAUUAAUUAUAACUGUCCAUCACGGUUCUUGUCCAAAAAUUGUUGUUAUUUUUAACCAUGCAGUCGGAAACCGAUGGUAUUGCUGUGGAAUCUGACCAGACCAAUGAAUUCCACGGUUUGGUCAACGGAUGUCCUCGAACCAUACCGCAACAGCCAUACACCAUUGUGACGGAGAUAACCAAAUUUCUGUGCAAGCUGCAGAUACUGUGUUGUUCGAAAUUCAAGGGGUGUUCUCGCCAAUUAAUCUGUGUUACGAUUGUACAUUUGUAUUUGCUAAUGAUUCUUGCGCAUACUAUUUUCUACAUCCUGGAACUGGGAUUCGGUUAUGCGUCGGUUGGACGCGAUGCCAGCAUCGGCACCCUAAAGGACAUCGUGUACAACAGCCGUUACACCUUUAUGGUUUUAAAAAGCGCCAUCAUCAUGGUCAGCUUCCGUAUGCGCAGUUGCAGCAUACUGGCGGUUGCCGAGAACGUCGUUAAGGAACUGUAUAUCUGGCCGGUGGACACUCGUCGCACCGUCUCCCGUGUCACGUUAACCUUAGUAUGCAUUCUUUUGAUCUUUGCAUUAUCCUGGGAGGUCAUGGAGUUCAUUCGCUGGGAAACGGAGUUUUUAGAGACAUGGAUGCUCCCCGUGACGCUGUCGAUGAUUGGGCAAAAAAUCCCGUUGUGGAGGCUGUUAGCGGCCUGGUAUACGCUGGCCACACCAAUUAACAUACUGAUGAAUGUCUGCAUGAUCUAUUACGCCAGUAUUGUGCUGAGUAUUUAUCUUAGCUGGAAGAGCGUUAACCGGCUCAUUAAACGUCAGGGUAAACAGUAUAUUUUCGAUGGAUUCGAGGCCGAUUGGGAACGGUUACGGAAUUUGGCGGAAAGCGCCGAUGAUACGUUCGCCAUUUGUGUGUUUGUUGCGUGGGUAGCGGAUAUUGCCUGUGCUGUGGGUUAUUUGGGCUCGGUGGUCAUUUACGGUGGAGGGCGUCCCAUUGAACAGGCCUACACCAUCCUGGGAUUAUUUAUUCAUGCUAUUUGGAAUCCGGCCUGCUAUCUGAUUCCUUGCAUACUCUUUCAUGAGGAGAUGGCGCAGACGCAGAGGCUGGUAAUAAGCGCUACACAAAACGGUGAUCAACCAGAAAGAUACAACGGGUCCUUUCAAGAUAUGAUCUUGCAUUCCAGCCUUAUUCUGCAAAAGGUUGCGUAUCGCCCGGAAGCUUUCACAGCAUGGAAAUUUUUUUUCGUGACAAGGAAUAUGAUACUGACGAUAUCGACCGUCCUUGUCUCGUAUGCGCUUGUGCUUGUGCAAUUAGUUGGUCGAAAACAAGAUGUACAAGGCGUUGUAAACCUUAUUAACGAAAAAAUGAAUUACUCUGGCUCAUUUUAAAUAAUUUAUUCUUGAUUAUUUCUAAUUUGUUGAUGGU